CGGAUGAGGGGGCUAAGUCAUGAAUUAAAACAGUCUGAGUUGGGUCGCGUGCGCUUCGGCGAACGGCGCUGAAUCGUUUUCAUGUGCGAUACGUUUGCUUUUGUAUAUACCGGCUUGUUAGUUCUUUUACGUGACCGUGGACCGUUGCAAAAAGGAGAAAAAAAACUAGAUUGCAAGCAAAAAUGUUUGUAUCUAACGCUAGUGGCUGUAUGGAUAGUUAGGCGUAUGUCGGUUGAAUUUGCUAUGUAUUUUUGCGUAAUUUCCAGAGCCAUUGACGUUUCCAGUUGUUCAUAGGAAGCUGCACGUUGCUUUAAAAGACGCGGUAUGCAUUCUAGGCGUUUGGCUAAGCGCUCUGUCCUCGGGAGUCGCGUCUGUGCGCCGAGCGUUGCGGGGGAAGAAGCUUUUCUCCCAGGGGUGGUCCAAGCUGUCAAACAGGAAAACGAUGAAGCUUCGACGGGACCUCGACGAAAUGUUUACACCGUGCUGAUGCAAGACGGUAGUUUAAGAGAAUAUACAGAGGAUGAGAUAGUCGUGUGUCCACCUCAGAUGGCUGCAAGAGGACCGCUGAAGUCCAGCUUGAAGCAGGGUUCCUGCAAUGGCCGUGAUGUCCCCGAUCCAGCUGUGCCAGUGGAAAGCCAAAAAGUGGAAGAAAACACUCUUGCACCUGAACCAGCCAAAGACUUGCGGGGCUGUGAUUUCAAACGGACUGGGCGAGCAUUAGACCCAGAGAAGGAUCGCAUUCGGUCAGCGUCCCUCCUGGAACAGAAACGCAAAGUGGUCUCCUCCAGCAUCGAUGUCCCCCAGGCCAGGAAGUUGGAGGAGGAGGAGGAAGUGGACAUGGACAAGGUGACGGCCGCAAUGGUGCUGACCAGCCUGUCCACCAGCCCCCUGGUCCGAAGCCCUCCCGUAAAGGGUUGCGAGGGUUUGAACGGCUCCUGGAAGGACGGGGGCGUCACCCCCUCUAGCCAUGGCAGCAACGGUUACUGGAGCUGGAGUGCCCCCAGUGACCAGUCGAACCCGUCCACGCCCUCCCCCCCACUCUGCGCCGACAACUUCAAGCCCUUCCGCACAGCCGUCGGGCCGGGCCAGUCCGACGACCUCAUCGACGAGCCGGACGGGAGCAGUCUGCUGUUCGACGAGCCAAUCCCCCGCAAGCGCAAGAACUCGAUGAAGGUGAUGUUCAAGUGUCUGUGGAAGAAUUGUGGGAAGGUUCUGAGCUCAUCGGCUGGGAUCCAGAAGCACAUUCGCACUGCACACCUGGGGCGUAACUGUGAUUCCGAGUGUAGUGACGGCGAGGAGGACUUCUACUACACCGAGAUAAAGCUCAACACCGACUCUGUGGCCGAGGGCCUCAGCAGCCUGGCCCCCUCGGCACCGCUCCCUGCGCUGACCCUUCCGCCCGCCUCUGAGGCAGGGCACUUGAACGGCGGCAGCAGUGCCAAGAGCGAGAGCAAGCUGGCCACACCGCUGAGCCGCUCCGCCCCCAGCGCCCUCUACCUCAUCCACACUGACCACGCCUACCAGGCCACUGCCCCUGUCACCAUCCCUAGCUCCACCAGCUUCACCCCCAACCACAGUGGCAGUGUCAGUGUUUCCUGGCAGUCUCCACCUGUCUCCUUCACUGGAAACUCUGCCUCUCCCACCCACAGCCUGACACAGAGCUUUAGUGAGCAGCGCCCAGCAGCUUGCACUGUGCUCUCGUCCCCCCCACGGGCAACUGGCUUGCUCAGGAAGUCGCGAGGGGAGGGGAAGAAGUGCCGCAAGGUCUACGGCAUGGAGAACCGGGACAUGUGGUGCACGGCCUGCCGCUGGAAGAAGGCCUGCCAGAGGUUUGUGGACUGAGGACUAAGGUGGGCGGGUGGGGUUGGCACCAUGGAGGCGAGGGUGGUCCUUCAGCCACAGAAUCCAUCCAUUACUCACCCCACUGGCCCAGGCAGGAGGCAGAGCGUUCUGUGCAACCCCUAUGGAAAAAGAUACUACCCACUCUAAAC